AUGAGAAGUGGGUUCACGGGAUUAAUAAAGUGAUGCGAUGCGGUAUUAAGAUGAUAAUGACUUUAUUUACAAGAAGCAAUAAGAAUACGGGGAUUAUUACAAAUCUACAACAAUUCAACGACCAAAAUGGCUUUCAUCGCAGCUCUAAGCCUAAGAAUGCUAAGCUAAAACCUUAAAACAGCACAAAAUUAGCCUACUAAGCCUGAGCCUACUAAGCCUAAGCCUACUAAGCUUAAGCCUACUAAGCCUACUAAUCCUAAGCCUACUAAGCCUAAGCCUACUAAGCCUAAGCCUACUAAGCUUAAGCCUACUAAGCCUACUAAUCCUAAGCCUAAGCUUACUAAGCCUAAGCCUACUAAGCCUGAGCCUGAUAAGUCUAAGACCACAAAGUCUAAGCUUUCUAAUCCUAGCCUUAUAUUAUAAAACCUAAGCCUACUAGACUUACGUUUCACAGCAACACAAAAAAAAAGAAAAAAAACAAGCCAAGUCAAAGAUCUUUCACUACAGUAUGUAUCAAGUCCUGUUUGUUCAACUAUCAUGUACAUAUGAAAUGGAACACGUUUAUCAGCGUACUGUAGGAAGUAGAAAAGUUGGAUUAAAAAAGUGCAAAAACUAAUUUCUCCAGCCAAAAAUUAUUAAAACAAAAAUCACUAUUUUAACGUUUUUGGUAGAUUUUUAUAAUACUUUUUCUUAAGGACCUAACACUAAGCCUAAGCCUAAGCCUAAGCCUAAGCCUAAGCCUAAGCCUAAGCCUAAGCCUAAGCCUAAGCCUAAGCCUAAGCCUAAGCCUAAGCCUAAGCCUAAGCCUAAGCCUAUGCCUAUGCCUAAGCCUAACCCUAAGCCUACGCCUAAGCCUAAGCCUAAGCCUAUGCCUAAGCCUAACCCUAAGCCUACGCCUACGCCUAAGCCUAAGCCUAAGCCUAAGCCUAAGCCUAAGCCUAAGCCUAAGCCUAAGCCUAAGCCUACGCCUAAGCCUAAGCCUAAGCCUAUGCCUAAGCCUAACCCUAAGUUUAAACAGGCUAAACUGAAGUCAGCUAUACUUAUCACAAACCUGGUACCCUUGUAA